GAGAAAAGUUGGACCCGUCUGAGCUCAGUCAGCUGCUGUAAUACUGCUAUGAAAUCACACUUUUAUUGACCUGGAAAUGUUUAACUUUUAAGGGGGGGCCAUCUGGUUACCUGCGGCCGCUCUCCGUAGAGGAUGAGGACUCUGUUUUGAAUCAACAGGGACAAUAACCCGCCUCGGUCAAAAUCUGCCAGAUCUCCUGUUUUAAUUUUAGAGCUAUUUCGACCUGACUGAAUGGAAAUGCAGCAGCCUGGGGGCCAGCAGACGACACAGCAAUCAGCGACCGAAAUACUGGAUCCGGCAGCAGUUCAGUACCUGCGUCGGAGGAGAACAGCUCUGGGGUUGACUGUGUCUCUGCUGGCUCUGGCUCUGGUGGUUCUGACAGUGGGUCUCCUCUCUGCCACUCGCACUGACAACGUGCCUGUCGCUGGAUUUUACCCUGGCAUCAUUCUGAGUUUUGGAGCAUUUCUGGGUAUUGUUGGCAUCCAUCUGGUGGAAAAUCGCAGACCCAUGCUAGUGGCAGCGAUCAUCUUCAUCAGUAUCGGAGUCAUCGCGUCCUUUUUCUGCUCCAUUGUUGAUGGGAUCAUCGCUUCAGAGUUCAUUGACAAAAGACCUGUGCAGGAGGACAUGUGUCAAUUUUACACCAGUGGAUCAGGCUAUGCCUACGAUAGCUACUAUACUGAGAUGACGUGCCAUUCAUUCAACAAAGACUGCAAGAUGAAAGUGAGGAGCAACACCUGCUUCUGCUGCUACCUCUACAACUGUGAGAGCACAGAAUACCAAUCACAGUACUUUGAGUUCAUCGGGGUCAGCAGCUGCUGGGAUGUGGUCCACCUGCACCGGCUGCUGUGGGCCUCAGUGGUGCUCAAUGUGAUCGGCUUGUUCCUAGGCAUCAUUGCUGCUGCCAUCCUUGGAGCGUACAAGGAUAUGCAGAAGCCGACUCCUGCGAUGGCCUCCAGCCCGGCACCGCCACCUCACAUUCUGUACAACCCCACCCAGCACAUGCUCACCUACGCUGGGUUCUGCCCAGGACAGACUCUGCCUGCAUACCCCAACUAUCCAAUCUCCAUGCAGCAUAACAGCAACUACCAGACACCUGCUACACCCCAGCUGAUCCCUGAGGGAGGCCCUGCCUCUGCCUCCUACCCGUCUGAGGAGAACCACCAGCCCUCUCAGGCUCCCACCCAGCCACAAUGUCAGGGAGCCACCCAGGAACCAGGAGGCUACAUGCUGACUCCCAAUGCUCCUGUCCUCUAUGGACCCACCUAUCCCACCUUUGAAAAACCUCCACCGUAUGCCUGCUGAGCCCUCAAACAUAUUGAUUCAUUUGUUUGUUGGGGCAUGUUGGUAAGAAAAUAUCUUGAUCUGGUCUGUCUGAAUGUAGCACAAGACAUUUCAUAGGGGACCUUGUAGACUUAAAACACAACCCUCAGCUUAUUGAUUUAAUGCUGUCUGAUGGGUUUGGACUGCAGAGUCAGAUUUGUAGCUGUGUAGUGUGAUUCUGUAGGCACGAUUAAGUUAUUACUUGUAUAUUUAUUAAAAGAAACAGCACUGGAAAGGCACUUAUUUGCUUCCUUGCUUCGAGAUAGAAGACUGAUAUCACUCUCAUAUCUGUAGCUUAGCACCUAGAGAGAACCCACGCAGCCACAGGGAGAACAUGCAAACUCCACAGAGAAGGCCCAGACUCAAACCCAGGACCUUCUUAGGUGACAGCGCUAACCCCCACACUGUUGUGCUUAACAUAAAUACUACAAUCACAUAACCUGACUCUGUCCAAAUGGAAAGCUAAACUGAGUAAUUGAUACAUUCUAUGUUGUUUGUGCAACCUGUACAAAACUGAAGUGUAAAAACUGAAAAUUGCAUUUUGAUCUCAGCAAGAAAGUAAAUAAGUGUGUUUCUCACAAUGCCUAACUUUUCCUUUAAUCCUAAACCUGGCCUUCAGGUGCAUACAUAUGACAUAUACUGUAAAUAAGUAUAUAGCAGUACACUUGACUGUGCUCUUUCUGUGGUAACUUGUGUAGACUGGAUUACAGGUCUUCCUGUAUAUUGUCUCACUAUACUAACUACUGUACAAGCAAUCAAAAGGGCUUUCUUAAAAUGUGAACUGGAGAGAAAAUGAUGCCAGUGUUGCUGUUAAUUAUUUUUGUGUGAAUCAUUUAAUGUGUACUUUCAAGUUAAUAUACUGUCUCUAUUAUUGAUGAUGCAUGUUAACUGCUGUAGGAUGAGACUCUGUAGCUACUGCUGCUACAGUAUGUAAUACAUUAUGUAUUAAAGAGGAACCUAUAAAUGCAUCCAGUGCAUCUGCUGAUGCAUACAAAUACAAAAUGUGGAAUAAAGGGUUUUUCCAAAUUUUUCAUUUAAGUCAACACUUUUGGAAAGACACUUGUUUGUAUGCUUGCUCAAAUUGUUAGCUCAAAGCUAACUACCAACACCUCCAAACCUCACUAAUUGAUCUUAAUUAUUAUACUAAUACACAGAUUACAUUAUGGACAGAGCCAGGACAGCUGUUUCACCGUUGACACUUUGUGCUAAGCUAGGUUAGUCACUUCCUGGUGAGCAUCAUAUCAGUCUUAUCAUCUCUCUACAAGAAGGCAAAUAAGCACAUUUCCAAAACAUGUCAAACUCUUCCUUUAAAUGUAGCAUUUAAAAAUUGAUACU